GCAGCGCCAGCAGUGAAAAGGCUGGCAGCUGCUGCGUUAUUAUAGACGAUGCUGGCUACCUUGUCGCGGCCAGAGCGCCCUCUAUGCGUGCCGCCCUACUCGGCUGCGUACAGCGUGAAAUUAUAGGGCCGGCGAUAGCUGCAGUGCGGGCGGGGGGAAAGGAGGAAUCAGCACGCAUAAGCAGCAGGCAUGUGUGAGGGGGUGCCGGACAUUAGGGGGUGCCUGUGUGCACCAGGCACCCCCCGUGUGCACGCCUAUGGGCUCACGUCUCUCAGCUACAGAGUUCCAGUGCUUCCAGCAUACAGUGUGUCUCUCAGCUAGAGUUCCAGUGCUUCCAGCAUACAGUGUGUCUCUCAGCUACAGACUUCCAGUGCUACCAGCAUACAGCGUGUCUCUCAGCUACAGAGUUCCAGUGCUUCCAGCAUACAGUGUGUCUCUCAGCUACAGAUUCCAGUGCUUCCAGCAUACAGUGUGUCUCUCAGCUACAGAGUUCCAGUGCUUCCAGCAUACAGCGUGUCUCUCAGCUCACAGAUCCCAGUGCUUCCAGCAUACAGCGUGUUUCUCAGCUCACAGACUACAGAGAUUACAGCAUACAGCGUGUCUCUCAGCUUAGUCUCCAGCUCUCAUUCAGUGUUCUCCAGCAUCGUUCACAAGUCAUCUCUCAUUCAGUGUUCUUCAGCAUCGUUAACAAGUCAUCUCUCAUUCAGUGUUCUUCAGCAUCCUUCACAAGUCAUCUCUCAUUCAGUGUUCUUCAGCAUCAUUCACAAGUCAUCUCUCAUUCAGUGUUCUUCAGCAUCCUUCACAAGUCAUCUCUCAUUCAGUGUUCUUCAGCAUCAUUCACAAGUCAUCUCUCAUUCAGUGUUCUCCAGCAUCGUUCACAAGUCAUCCCGCACCUCUUUGUUCAGUGUUCUUCAGCAUCGUUCACAAGUCAUCACUCAUUCUGUGUUCUUCAGCAUCGUUCACAAGUCAUCUCUCAUUCAGUGUUCUUCAGCAUUGUUCACAAGUCAUCUCUCAUUCAGUGUUCUUCAGCAUAGUUCACAAGUCAUCACUCACCUCUUCAGUGGCUUCAGCAUCGUUCACUUCUUCGUUCAGUGUUCUUCAGCACUGUUCUCAAGUCAUCGUUUCAUUCCUCAUUCAGUGCACCCAGCAUCGUUCACAAAAUUAAGUUAUCUAUUAAUCCUGCAUGAGGAAGACCUACAUUCGGCCGUCUCUAUUUCGACCCAACUAUGGUUCUACUUCCCGACCAUCGGAAGAAUCCCAGAGUUCUCAACUCUCUCAACCCAGUGUAGGAUCUGAACAUCCAGCUAAAUGAAGAUGGCUGGUGGGGAUCCCCAUAGCAAGGAACUGAGUCUGAUGGACAAACAGGUGACAAGCUUGCUGGAGAUGUCAUUGAACUCCGACCUCCUGUCCAUUAAUUUGCAUUGUAAUCACAUAUUGAAGAUUGAAGGGCUCGCACACCUCCACAAUUUACAGCAUUUGGAUUUAUCGUCCAACCUUAUAACCAGGAUUGAAGGACUAGACUCCUUGAUGCACCUGCAAAGCUUGAACCUGUCAUGUAACAAGCUCACAAGAAUAGAAGGGCUGCAGAAGUUAUUAGAGCUCAAGAAACUGAAUUUAUCUUAUAAUCGCAUACAUGACCUUAAUGGACUAAUUCCUCUGCAUGGUUGGAACCACAAACUCCGCCACCUUUAUCUCCAUAGUAACUGCAUUAAUAGCAUAGACCAUGUAGCGCACAGUAUGGUGGGACUCCAGUCUUUACAUUACCUUACAUUAAAGCAGGAUGAGAAAGGCAACCCUGUUUGUGACACAACAGGAUACAGAGAUAUGGUGCUUGGAAACUUGCCCCAGUUAAAAGCCCUUGAUGGUGUAAAUAGAGCAGGCGAACCUGUUCUUGGAUUUGAUUUAGAUGCAAUAGAUCUUCCCAAUCUGGAUUUCCUGGAAUAUUUGAUUGCUUCCGACAAUGACAGUGGGAACAAAGCAAUAAAGGAUUCUACAAGUGUUCCUGCCAUAACACACCGAAUAGAUCAGGUUUUAUCUCAGUACAGAAACAGGCCUGUGACCCCUGGUUCCGGUUAUCAGAGUAGUUGUAUGGAUGCCACCUCCUCAUCAGAGCAACAGUUUGCCACUCAUCAAGUCACCAAUAACAUGCUCCGUGAAAUGAGGAUUAAAAAGUUAGAGGAUCAGAUAUCCGAACUUCUCGUGAAGGCAUCCAAUCCCAAAACAGAUAAACCCGAAAAAAUGCUAAAAGCAAAAAGAGACACAGACCUGACAACAGAGAGUGACUAUGAAAGCGGGAAAGAAAACGUAAAGACAAAGACCAGUUUAACUAAAAAGAGCAAAAUCCCUGGUUACUGUAAGAGCAGCCAGAUACAGAAGUCUCACAGCCAUCACCAGCCGAAGGCCAGAACUUUAAACAGUGUGUCAAAGAAAAGUCCCAUCACCCCCAGGAAAACAGAGACUGCCAGUAGUGUCUCUACAGAAAGAGUAGACACUGACAGUGCAGAAAGGGUCCGCGCCAAGCUCACUGGAACUCCAACAAUUCAGAGGGGCAAGACACAGGCAUUUGUAUCCAAUUCAGUAGAGCAGUCAACAUACAGGGCACUUGUACAAGAAUUGGAUCAGGAGCGAGAGCGAAGGUGGAAAGCUGAGCAACUAGUGGUGAAGUUAUCAGAAAACAUCAAAGAGUUACAGUGCCAGGCAAAAGAAGAGAAAGAUAUUAACAGCAUGGCUGUGUAUACUACGGACAGGAUUAAAGAAUUAUUCUUUAAGGAAAAAAAUGAAAAAUCGGCGCUACAAGCACUUUUGCACCAACUGAAAGAAGACAAUAAGAGACUUACAAAUGAAGUAAAAAAAUCUGCAAGUAAAGAGGAAGACUACGAACGAGCUGUUAGAAAGUUGGAAGAUGAACUGUCCAAAGUGGAGACGCAGAGGAUACAGCAAGAAGCAUUGGAGAUGAAGCAGAUGCAGGAAGCCGACCGCAAAGUAUCUGCCUCCCAAAGAGAAAUAGAGUUGCUUCGGGCAUCUGUACGUCAGCACAAAGAUAAAAUCCAGCAGCUCCAUGACCUGCUUACUUCCAGGGAGCAGGAACACAGAAAGGAACUUGAUGCAAGAGUAACAUUAAAUGGGCCAGAAUUCCAAGACGCUGUGGCUAAGGAAGUGACCAAGGAAGAACGUCACCAUAACCAGCAGAUGAAGGAGUUCCAGGAGAAAAUAAAUGCACUGACCCAACAGUAUGCAGAUCUAGAAGAUGAGUUUCGUGCCGCUCUCAUUAUAGAAGCAGGAAGAUUUAAAGAGGUUAAAGAUGGCUUUGAUAAUGUUACAGCAGAGUUAGCAGAGCAUAAAGAAGCCCUCUCGCGCUGCCGACUGAAAGAAAAGCAGUCUGCAAGUCUAAUUCAGGAGCUCACUACCAUGGUGAAGGAGCAAAAGGCAAGGAUAGCGGACAUCACCAAAGCCAAGCAAGAAUCUACAAGUGAUCUAAAAAAGAAAAUCCGAAACCUGGAAGUGGUCACUGAGGGAGAAAAACAUAAAAUGGUCCAAAUUGAACUUCUGAAGCAAGAAAAGUCCAAACUUAUUUCACAACUUACUGCCCAGGAGUCACUUAUAGAUGGGCUAAGGGCCGAAAGGAAAAUCUGGGGGCAAGAGCUAACUCAGCAAGGUGUCUCUCUGGCCCAGGACAGAGGGAGGCUUGAUGCCAAAAUUGAAGUCCUUUCCACAGAGAUAGAGACUUUGAAAAAGCAAAAUGAACGAGAUAACGAUGCACUAAGAAUUAAAGCUAAAAUGGUUGAUGAUCAAACGGAAACCAUCAGGAAACUGAAAGAAGGACUGCAGGAGAGGGAUGAACGCAUCCGAAAACUGCGUGCAGAAAAUCUCGAGCUUGAGAAGGCACUAAGGGAACAGAAUGAUGAGAAAGGAACACAGUUGCAGGAACUGAAAGAGAAGCUGGAAAGGCAGAUGGCACGAAAGGAGGAAGUCAAGCUACAACUAGAAGAAAGGGACGCAGAGUUGGAAGAUGUGAAGAAAGCUUACAGUGCCUUGAAUAAGAAGUGGCAGGAUAAAGCGGAAUUACUAAGCCAGCUUGAGACACAAGUCAGGCAGAUGAAAGAGAAUUUUGAUGCCAAGGAAAAGAAGCUGAUUGAAGAGAAAGACAAAAGCCUUCACAACCAGAAAGUUAUAAUGGAGAAACUUCAUUCCGUGGAUGAUGCGUUUCGGAGACAAUUGGAGUCUGUUCUAGCUGCCCACCAGGCUGAACUUACUAAGGUGGCAAGUGAGAAGCAAAAGGAAAUAGAAGCAGCCAAUGAUAAAGUUUAUCAAGUUGAGGAGGAAAUGCGCCAGCUCCUGCAGGAAUCAGCGAAGAGUAAAAAAGUAAUGGAGGAAAAGAUAAAACGGCUCACCAGAGCGUUAAGCGACAUUGAACAAGAGUUCUAGCUCUCCCGCAUUAGGGAAAGAGUAUAGGUUGUAAAAAUGGUUGCACGGACUUUAGACCUACAGUACAUCUGUUUACAGUUGUUUUGGAAGAUUCUGUGAAAUGCAACUCAAUGAAGAGUUCACGUUUCACUGUCUAUUAUGUACAGUAUUAUAUUUUUACAAAUUAUGUUUCUAAAUUACAGUAUAACCUUGUCUCAUUUUAACCUGUAUAUUUUCAAACGAGGGGAUGUUUGUAAUAAACAUUAUUUGCACUAAA